UUAUUGGUGGGGGAAAAAUACUAAAGGAGGAGGUGAAAGUUCGAAGAAGUGGAAGAACAGCGACCGCUUCUCUUUCCUCUCUCUAUCUCUCUCUUCUCUCUCACACAACAACACUGCGUUUAUUUCAGACAGAUAUCUGAGCCUCCAUUUUCAAUUUUUACAUAUUGUGUGCAACUUCCAUCUUUCAUUUUCCACAAGGUGAUUGCAAAAACACUCUCUAGCUGCAAAGAGCAACAACAAAGAGAAAGUAAAGGAGCGAAAGAGAAAGAAAGAGACCACAGACGACAGAGCGACAACACAGAGAGAGAAGGAGAGAGAGAGUGUGUGUGUUUUUCUGUGUGUAUGUAUAUGUAUGAGAGUGUGCCUCAGAUAUAAAGAGAGAGAGAAGAAUUGAAGAAGCUUUCAAUACCACAGAAUGGAAAACGAUGUCUGAGAGCUUCACAUCCUUUCAUACCCUUCAGCUCUAAGAGAUUCGCUUAUUCUGGCGCGAUCCUUGAUCAAUUCGAUUAGUCACAAGCUGAGGGAGAGGAUGGUGAAUAUUUUGUUGAUGAUGAUGAUCUUAACAUGGGAAUAGCAACACCUUCUUCAUCGCUUCCUUCUAUUCUCUCUCACUCGAAGACACACCAACAACAAAUACAUCAUUCGAAUUCUAUGUCCCAAGAUUACCACCACCACCACCACCAAGGAAUCUUCAGCUUCCCUAAUGGGUUCGAAAGAUCGGCGGCUACUACGAUGACUCACCAAGACCCUCACCACCACCACCACCAUCACCACCAGCAACAGCAGAUUCGGAGGGACAAAGUGAGGGUGCAAGGCUUCGAGCCGCCACCGCAACAAACUUUGCUACCUAUAGAGGAAGACGAAUCGGGGAGCCUCCCGGUGUACGAAACCGCCGGAAUGUUAUCGGAGAUGUUCAAUUUCCCUCCCGGCGCCGCUGAAUUAUUGGAACAGCAACAGCAGCAGCAACAACAACAACCAAUGGCGAUGACGACGACAUUUCGGGCAUCGCCGUCGGCCAGGGCAGUGGGCAGUGGUGGCAGUGAGUGGUACGGAAACAGACAAGGGAUGCUAAGCGGGUUGGGACCGUUGGGAGAUUCCAAGAAUCAUCAUCAUCAUCAUGGCAGUGUGAAUAGCCGUGACAGUAGCAGCAGCAGCAUAGUUCAGAAUCAGCAUCAUCAUCAUCACAACCACCAGCAUCAUCAGAUGUCGAGCAUUAAUGCAGACUCUGCAGCUGCCAUGCAGCUUUUUCUCAUGAACCCUCAAACCACCAGAUCCCCUUCUCCCCCUCCACCUCCACCUCCUCCUCCUUCUUCUACUCUCCACAUGCUGCUUCCUACUUUCCCUCCAGGCUCAGGAGGGUCUUUCAGUCAAUUCACGUGGCUUCCCGACACCACUCAAGAAGGAGGAGGACCGAGCACAGAAGGCCCUGGUCAUGGCCAGGGCCUUUCCCUGUCCUUGUCCUCCUCCUUAGAAGCCGCAAAGGCUGAGGAACUAAGGAUGGGGAACAGUGGGUUUUUGUAUUACAAUCAAGCAAGUGGAGGACCCUCUUCUUAUAAGAGUACUCUUGGGGGUCAUCACCACCAAGCAUUGUUGGCACAGACCCACCAGGGACAUGUUGGGUUUGGGGCAGCAUCAUCGUCUACAUCAUCCUUAGGUGUUGUGAAUGCGUUGAGGAAUUCAAAAUAUGCCAAAGCUGCUCAGGAAUUGCUUGAAGAGUUUUGCAGUGUUGGGAGAGGCCAGUUCAAGAAGAACAAGUUCAAUAGGCAACUCUCAAACCCUAGUUCCAAUCUUCGAGGUAGCGGCGGCGGUGCUUCUUCGUCUUCCUCAAAGGAUGUUCCUCCUUUGUCAGCAGCUGAUAGAAUUGAGCAUCAAAGGAGGAAGGUCAAACUCCUAACCAUGCUUGACGAGGUGGAUCGGAGAUACAGCCACUACUGCGAGCAAAUGCACAUGGUGGUGAACGCAUUCGACAUGGUGAUGGGGUUUGGCGCCGCGGUGCCAUACACGGCGCUGGCACAGAAAGCAAUGUCUCGUCACUUUAGGUGCCUAAAGGAUGCGAUAACAGCACAAUUGAAGCAUAGUUGUGAGGUAUUGGGAGAGAAAGAUGGUGCAGGGAAUUCGGGGUUGACAAAAGGAGAGACCCCAAGGCUGAAGAUGCUGGAACAAAGCUUGAGGCAGCAAAGAGCGUUUCAUCAAAUGGGGAUGAUGGAACAGGAGGCUUGGAGGCCCCAGAGAGGGUUGCCAGAACGAUCUGUCAACAUUUUGAGAGCCUGGCUUUUCGAGCAUUUCCUUCAUCCGUACCCAAGCGAUGCAGAUAAGCAUCUGUUGGCACGACAGACUGGGCUAUCGAGAAAUCAGGUAUCAAACUGGUUCAUUAAUGCGAGGGUUCGUUUGUGGAAACCCAUGGUGGAAGACAUGUACCAACAAGAACUCAAAGAGGCCGAAGGGGCAGAAGAAGAGAGGGAGGGGAACCAAAGCAGUAGCAACAACAGUGGCCACCAAUUGGCACAAACUCCAACACCCUCAACCACCGCAUCGACGGCAACAGCGCCACCACCACCAACAACGACACCACCAACCGGAAAAAGAUCCGAUUCUGAAAGCGACCCUUCACUUGCACCAAUAAAUAACACCACCAGCACUGCUGCCAUGACCGUCACCGCCUCUGAGGUGACGCAACUGUCGGAGCUGCCCCGAACAAUGGUGGCCGAUGAAUCUUGUAGGCAUGGUAGCCUUGUUGCAACGGAGUUUGGGACCGCUUCUGCUGCUUCUGAAAUUGGUUCCACUCUGAUCAGGUUUGGGACCACCGCCGGUGACGUGUCACUCACGCUAGGGCUUCGCCACGCCGGGAACAUGCCGGAGAAAACUCCGUUCUCCGUUAGGGACUUUGGAGGCAUUUAAAACUUAAUCAAUUCCCCCUAUAUUACUUCACAUGAUCAUAAAAGAUAAGAAUGAUACGUAUAGGAGGUUGCUUUAUUAUUACUAUUAUUAUAAUUAUAAUAAUAUGAUUAUUAUGAUAUGAUAUAUCAAAAGAAACCAUUUUUCCACCCUUGUAACUUCUCUUUGAUGUUAGUUCCUUCUCUCAGAUUAAGUUGCAUUUUAUGGAAGGAAAGGAAGAAGGGAAUACGAAAUGAGAAAGGUAGGCUUAUAUGUGAUUAUCAGCUGGCGAUAGGUAGGCUCUGUGGUGAUCUGUGCAACUGUAUAGUAGGUUGUUUUCUACGUUUUUUUAUUUAUUUAUCACGUGUAUGUACUUAAGGUUUCAUAUCUUAAUUUGAUAGGACUUUAUCUAAUUAAUAGAAUAACAUGUGCUCACUCUCAUCCCGUAUAUGCACUUGAUGUUUUGUAAC